GUUACCCCAUGUCACGUGAUCACCUUGUGUCCUGUCAUGGUAGAACAGGGCUGAACUGAGCAUAAACAACAUUUUCUUCACAACAGUUUUGAUUAUAUUUAAGAGCUUAAUACGUGUAGAAUGAAGGCGUUGAUGGGUGUAAAUCAUCCAGGCUGUGUUUCGCUAUCGACAGUAGUCUAUAAAUGUUUAGGUUGACAGAUAAAUGGCUUGCUUUAGCGUUAGCUUGAAGCUCAUAUCUGUCUAAUCUCUGCUAGUCUCCUGUCAGAGGCCACAUCUAGCUAGCAAAGCUAAGCUAAGCUAAACUGAGCUAAGCUAAGCUAACGACAAUGCAAGUAGAAACAGCAGGAAUGCGAAUUUCUGAAAGUGAAGGCAAGCUCGAUGUUCACACACAGAGCUCGUUCAGGACGACCUCGAAAAGUUGGCAGUACAGUGAUCACAUGGAAAAUGUAGCCGGAUAUUUAAUGAAGUACACAAAUCUGGUAACAGGAUGGCAGUACCGGUUCUUCGUACUAAACAACGAGGCAGGGCUGCUGGAGUAUUUUGUGAAUGAGCAAUCACGGCACCAGAAGCCCAGGGGCACGUUGCCUUUAGCAGGUGCAGUCAUUUCCCCGAGCGACGAGGACUCGCACACUUUCACUGUCAAUGCCAUCAGCGGGGAGCAGUACAAACUCAGAGCUACUGAUGCUAAAGAGAGACAGCACUGGGUAAGCAGGUUGCAGAUCUGCACACAGCACCACACUGAAGCCAUGGGCAAGACUAACCCACCACUAAAGACUCGCAGUCUGUCCGCGGCCUCUCAGGGCAGUUCCAGUUCCCCGGCGUCCCAGCGCAAAAUCAGCCAUAACACCGGCUCCCUGUUGGGUCUCUCCCAGCUCCAGCGUGGCUCCUCCAACUACUCCAGCAAGCAUUCUGUGCUGCGUGACCACCUGGUUGAGGCUCGUGAGAUGAUGACCCAGGCGCAGGACCAGCACAGAGACCUGGUACAGUGCAUUGAGGGCCUGCCGGCAAGUCACAAUCCCUCUCCACUUGAUCAGGACCUCCUGCUCCUUAAAGCCACCUCUCUGGCCACAAUGACUUGCCUUAAUGACUGCCUUCACAUCCUGCAGCUUCAACAAGUGGCUCGGCACAGAGUUCCACUUGGAGGGCCGACCAUCGAAUGGCUGGAACCCAAACUGCCAGACGUGCUGAAGAAUGGUGGAACACUGGCUAGCAUCACCAAAGACAGCACCAAAACACAAGACACAGCUGUAGAACCUGCUGAAAUGGACUCCUGUGACAUUGCUGGGGAGCAGGAAGACAUUGAUACGGAAGAAGAGCAAGAAGAUUCUUUGACAGCUGAGGAAGAGGACUUGGGAGCAGUGGAGGAAGAACGUAGUGUCAUCUUGCAUCUUCUCUCUCAGCUCAAACUGGGCAUGGACCUUACCAGGGUGGUCCUUCCUACCUUUAUCCUUGAGAAGCGCUCUCUGCUGGAGAUGUAUGCAGACUUCAUGUCACACCCAGACCUUUUUGUGGCCAUCACAGAUGGCACUAGUCCAAUGGACCGUAUGAUCAGAUUUGUGGAAUAUUACCUCACUUCCUUUCACGAGGGCCGCAAGGGCGCGAUUGCCAAGAAGCCCUACAACCCAAUCAUUGGCGAAACAUUCCACUGCUCCUGGAGCGUGCCAAAGACGGCAGAGUCUCAAGGAAGCGUUCAGAAAGAGAGCUCCAGUGCCUCAGACUGCUAUAAUGUGAGAUUCGUGGCUGAGCAGGUGUCCCACCAUCCACCUGUCUCGGGCUUCUACGCUGAAUGCCAGGAGAGGCAAAUGUGUGUAAACACACACGUGUGGACCAAAAGCAAGUUCAUGGGCAUGUCUAUUGGUGUGUCCAUGAUUGGAGAGGGUAAUUUGCACCUGUUGGAGCAUGGCGAAGAGUACACGUUCACUCUGCCAUCUGCCUAUGCCCGCUCCAUCCUCACUGUGCCCUGGGUGGAGCUGGGCGGAAAGGUCAACGUCAACUGCGCCAAGACAGGCUAUAGUGCAGCAAUCACCUUCCAAACCAAGCCUUUCUAUGGGGGCAAGCUGCAUAGAGUGAACGCGGAGGUGAAGCACAACCCCACCAACUCUGUAGUGUGUCGCGUGCAGGGGGAGUGGAACGGUGUGCUCGAGUUUACGUACAGUAACAGUGAGACACGCGUCAUAGAUGUCCUCAAGCUACCCAUCACCAGGAAACGAGUGCGGCCCAAAGAGCAGCAAGGACCUUACGAGUCCAGGCGACUUUGGCAGCAUGUGACUGAAUCCUUACUACAGAAAGACAUGGAAAAGGCCACAGAACACAAGCGCUUCCUGGAGGAGAGACAGAGGAAAGAGGAAAGACACCGCAACGAGACAGAGACGCCAUGGAGAACCAAAUACUUUGAAAGAAAAGGUGAAGGCUGGGUGUAUCACAAACCACUGUGGAAAAGUGUUCCAGCACGGAGCUCUUCACCUGCAGCGCUUCAGUCUAACCCCUGACCAGAGCUCCAAACCUGAUCCCUCACCUGCAGGAGCCUGACCCCCUCUGGGUCUGCCUGUGGGGUCUACACUCUUAUAAAUAAGAGGCACACACACACAAGACACACACACUAAAAUACAUAUUCAAAGACUCCCUUCCUUAUGAUUCCUUACUAAUGUUAUGGAUAUAAUGCUUUGUGGAGAGCAGUGGACUGCCUGAAUCGGAUCAUAUUUAGCAUCCCUUGAUUUGGGUAUAAUCACAGUGAAUCAUUCUGAUCCACAAGGGAUCCCAGUCUACACAGGCAUCUUUUGUUGAUGUUGCCUUAACAGGAGUUGUGAAUAGCAUGCGAACAUUUUGGUGAUGUCUGACAGGUGUUUAAGUGAGGACUGUGUUUGAGGAUGCUUUAUUAACUUCUCUUGAUCUUAUUAUAGAAUGCUGUUAUCUGGCCAGAUUAUGGCCAAACCUUUUUUCCAAUAUGUGAGGGGUUUAUUUGAUGUAUUAUGAUUUUAAUAUCAUCAGGGAGAUCUUUAAGGUUUUGUGCAGGAGAUGUUUGACUAAAUGACAAGCAGUAGCUCAUUGUUUUUCACCAGAGCUUGAUUCCACCAAGCAUCUGGAGCCAUGAUGACAGCAAAUUUGCUGGUUUGGCCUUUGUUUCAUGCUACAGUGGUUAGCCAAGUGUUUGAAGGGAGGUGAUGAGAGCUGUAUUAGUAUUGGUAAUGCUUUUUUCUUUCUCUUGCUUGACCUUUCCUCCCUAUCUGUUUCAUCAUAGCUCAGGUGGGGGCUUGCUCUGAUUUCAAAACAGUGCUCUCUUGUUUUGAAAGCGCACAGAUUUUCUUGCUUUGAUUAUAGGAUUUUUAAACAACUUCGAACGAAUACAUCAGUUACCAGACUCCAUUAAUCUUCUCUAUUGAUAUCUGUGAAUAUGUCAAACGAUCAGAACGGGGGCAUACAGUAUUAUUGCAAUUUGAUCAGAAAAUAAAAAUCAAAUCACCUGCAGUGAAGGGUCUGUAGAUUUCAUUUCUCUUUCAUGUAAUUCUACCUCUCUAACUGAAACUCUUCAGUCUAAAAGGCAAUCAGAUAUCAACCACAGAGAGCUUUAUGUGAAAGACACAGUGGAUAUCUAGUUUUUGAGCCAUAAAAGCCAGCACACAUAACAGUGGAAAAAUGAAUAACCUAAAAUAUUAAGUGUGUGAUUUCCUGCUUGACUGGAACCACGUUCAUUUACUUUAAAUGCUGCAUUACUUCUAAUUGAUGACAGUUUAAGUGAGCAUGUGUUUAUCAGAGCACAAGUAAAGAGCAUCUCAUGUGAAAGCUCUACUUUAACCCUGGUUGGUCUUGCUGAGAAACUUGUGGUGCCUUAUUUGUGUUGGUCUUCCUCCUGUUCAUGCCUGCAAACACAUUCUUUAUGAAACACGUUAUGAGUAUGUGCGGAUAUGCUCCCAUUUCCCAGCAUCUUGGCAAGGACACCCGGUCUGUUUGCUCUGUAAGGUUUCUGUGUUUUAAUUCACACACUUGGCUUUCCACUUAGGGGGUUGAUUUUCAGAAUGCAGAUUCAAAGUUACAGGACACUUACAGUGGAGUAUCUUCCCUGACAAUGUCUAAAACUAUGUGAUCUGUGUUUGCAAACAAGCCUCAAGUGUGUAUCUAGCUGAGCUGUGAACUGCACUGAUGUUUUAAUUAUCCUUCUGGUAGCCUGAGAAAAGAAAUGAAUGAACUAAUAAAGUUGAUAAUGUAUUAGGA